AUGUUCUCCCAGGCGCAGAACAUCUACGAUGACCCUCAAUUCUUUUCCGCAUACAGCACCCUUCCACGCUCUCAGCACGGAUUCGCCGCCGCACCAGAAUGGCCCACUCUGCAGGAUAUGAUAUUGCAUCCAUCCGCAGGCUCCGACGAAAUGAGGCUGCAAGGAUCCCGGGUUCUUGAUCUUGGGAGUGGCUAUGGCUGGUUUGUCCGCUGGGCCCGGGAGAACAAGGUCGAAUUCGUGAAGGGCGUGGACAUUUCAGCGAAGAUGAUCGAACGGGCUAAGUCUCUUGACGAGAAGGAGAACCAGGUCCAGACUAGAGAGAACUUCUGCUAUGAGUUGCACGACAUAGGAAGCAUUAUUCUUGAUAGUGCCGCCGAGCGCGAAUCGUACGAUCUGGUCUAUAGCUCGUUGACCUUCCACUAUAUCGAGGACCUUGGGCGGCUAUUUCGCCAGAUUCACGCCUCUUUGAGGAAGGGAAAUGGGCCAGGGAGAGGGAGAUUGGUAUUUUCAGUCGAGCACCCCAUCUUUUCUGCGCCUGUCAACCCGGAGCCAGAUUGGACGUCUGUGAAGGGGGACACAGUGUGGCCAUUGAACUCCUACAGUGAAGAAGGGUGGCGAGUGACCAGCUGGCUGGGGACUGAAGGCGUGAAAAAGUAUCACCGAACUACGGAGACAUAUGUCUCCUUGCUGCUGGAGAACGGGUUUGUCUUGACCGGCCUUAAGGAUUGGGCACCGUCGAGGGAGGAUGUCGAGAAGAAUCCGGAAUGGAGUAUCGAACGGCAUCGGCCGUUCUUUUUGCUUAUCGCCGCCGAAGCACUUUAG